AUGGAGAAGGAUUUUAAUGGGAGGAGUGCUAAGAGCCAAAUGAAGUUGGCAAACGGGAUGGUAGAAAAUAUAGAAUCAAAAUUAAAGAACCAGUUGGAUAACAAUAACUUGAUUAAUAAAAAUGAUAACCAUGAAGAUGUGAUGUGUUCUAAUGUAAAAUUAUCAGUACAUGAUGAUGAGUAUGAUAUAAAGAAUAUUAAAAAGGAUGUAUGUAAUUUGAGCAAGAUAAGUGAAGAAAGAUUGAGUAAUAAUAUGUUGUUGAAAGGGAAUGGUCAAGUUAUAAAAAAUCCAGAAAUAGACACCAAAACAGCUAGACAACAAUAUAAGAAAAGAUUAAAUUCUACACAAUCAACUAUGAAUAUUGAAGGAAAUAUUGGUAAUGAAAAGGAUAACAUUGUUGAAUAUGACGAUGAUGAAUUAAUACGAGAUAUGAAUUAUGAAAUGUCUAUACUAAAAUAUAAAAGAAAUAAUAAUAACAAUAAUAAUAGUAAUAGUAAUAAUAAUAAUAAUAAUAAUAAUAAUAAUGUGGAUAAUAUAAGAGGAAAUAUAAAUGAAGAAUGUUAUGAUGAAUCGUAUUGUAUAUCAAACAAUUUAGAUGAACUAACUACAAAUGGAAAUAAUUUAAGUUUCUAUAAUAAAUUAAGAAUGUGUUUUAAUUAUUUUGGCCCUGGUUGGAUUGUAGCUAUUGCAUAUUUAGACCCAGGAAAUUUGUGUAGUAAUUUAAAUGUUGGUUUAAUAAGAUCACCAGAUCCUACUUUAGAAAAAGAUUAUUCUGGUUAUUAUUUAUUAUGGAUUAUGGUAUAUGGACAUAUGUUAGGUUUUGUAUUUCAAGUGUUAUCUAUGAGACUUGGACAUGUGACCGGACUUGAUUUAGCUUCUUUGUGUUCAAAAGAAUUUGAUAGAACAACGUCUACUAUUAUUUAUGUAUUAGUUCAGAUAGCUAUUUGGGGUGCACAUAUUCAAGCAAUAAUAGGUACUUUUAUAGCUUUGAAUUUAAUAUUUGGCAUAUCAGUGAAAGUAGCUUUAUUUUACACUUUAUUUGAGGCUAUAGUAUAUAGUUUUUUAGAAAACAAAAGUUUAGGUUUAUUAGAGAAUGUGUUAAGUUUUCUGGUUGGUAUAUUAGCUGUUUCUUUUAUUGUUAAUGUUUUCAUGACACCAAUAAAUUUUAAAGAGUUAGCUGUUAGUAUACUUUUUCCUCGUAUACCAAAAGGUAAAGAAAUUGAUGCUUUAGCAUUAUUAGGUAGUAUUAUAUCAGCUCAUAUCUUUUAUUUACAUACUAAUCUGACAUCCAAAAAAAAGUCAGUGAUUUGUAAUGAUUUAAGUUUAAGAAGAUAUAAUACGUUAGGUACCAUAGAAUCAGGAGGUUCCCUUUUUUUAUCAUGCCUAACAAAUUGUAUUAUUGUAUUGACAUUUGCUGAAGUUAAUUUACAAUCUUUUGAAAGAAGAGAUCAAUAUAAUUUAUUUACAGCAUAUGAAGUAAUGAGGAAAUCAUUUGGAAAAAUAUCAAUGUAUAUAUGGUCUUUUGGAUUAUUAAGUAGUGGAAAUAAUUCUAGUUUUAUGUGUGAGUAUGCUUCAAAAUCUGUUGUAGAAGGAUUUUUAAAUAAAAAAAUUAAUACAUUUGUAAGAGUAUAUAGUUUCAGAUUUUUAUUAUUUUCAUUAUUAUAUAUGUUUCUCACAUUAAAUAAAUAUACACUUGACCAACUGACAAAUUUUAUAAAUGUUGUACAAGUACUUUUAUUACCUAUGGCUACCAUACCUUUAUAUAGAUUUAGUAUUCAUGAAAAUGUAUUGGGAGAAUAUCGCUUAAAAAGGUUCCCCAAAUAUGCAAUCUUUCUUAUAAUUAUUGCUAUAAUUGUUUCUAAUGUACUCUUAACCUUUCUUGAUUUUAUACAUAAAGAAACCAGUUUAACUACCAUAAUUUUUAUAGUUACUUUUUCAUUUAUUUAUUUUGGUUUUAUUAUAUAUUUUUUUAAUAUACCAAUUAAAAAAAAUUACAUUGAACGAAAUUAA